ACUGAAUAACCCGAAGUGUCAGCACUGUCGCUUAUAUCAACCUCGCGGUGACGUGCACAUGCCGCUAUGAGUCAAGACACAAUGCGAGGAAAUCCCCAAGGCCGAGCGAACGACGAGAGGCCCCUUUAAAUCGACGCUUCCUCGGUGUUGUGCCAGGAGAGAGAGAGAGAGAGCUCUGAUAAACAACAACACAGUUCUCAGAAGCCGCUUUUACCGGAUUCAGCUCAUUACUGCGGCCUCGGUGAAGAAGAGGUGAGGCUACGAGGACUUUCUAUCUGUUAUUUCCAACAUUUUGUCGUCCGUUGUUCAUACAUUCAUUGUUGAAUGCCAUUGCGGAAGUGAGAAGCUUUCCGACACGACACAAGGCUUGGACUGUGCGGACACCUAGCGGUCAGUUAGGAGAAGGCGCUUUCGUAGAGAUGUACGGAGCUUCAGGUAUCCCCGAGCUCAUUCCGCCCAGCGGGCCGCCCCGGCAGCCCGGCCCGGCGGGGCAGUACAACCCGGGACACCCCCAGGUCAACGGCCACGGCAGCGGGCCCAACCCUCAGAGGCUCGGACAGAGGGCACCCAAACUGGGCCAGAUUGGUCGGUCCAAGAAAGUUGACUUGGACGAUGAAGACCUGGAUGACAUCAUGAACAACAACGGGCAGUGUCCUGUUUCCCUGUCGCCCAUCUCCUAAACUUCACCAUUAAGUGCCAAAAAAAAGAAAAGAAUGAAAUUUAAAAAUCCCCCGGGACGCCAAACCUCCACGUCAGUGAUCUUGGCCUUGAUCCUGUCAAGUGUCCUACUGAAGCGUCUGAUGGCUCAACAAGGCACAAAAACGGCUCUUUUAGCGCCAGCUGAAGCCUAGGCCCUGAUUGUAUAUAGUGUUUAUUUAACUUAACUUUGAUCAGACUGUGAAUGAAUUGUAUUGCAUUGCCCUCUACUCUAUACCUCGGUAGGUGGUAGAAUAUCAGGACUUGAGAGAGAUUCGGAGAGAGUGUCUAUAUUUUUCAAAGCUUCUUAAACAAGGGCUACAUUUCUAAAGUUGCACUGAGCAAAUGGUUAGAUGAAAAGCAGCCUCUCACCUGCCUGUUUACUGGUGAGGCUUACUGAUUGUCUAUGGGGGGGGGGGGGUUAUGGGAGAGAACACAAGCCUGUUAAUGUGUAUAACACAGGUCAAAUAUUAAGCUUUGGUUGUGCAAUGACUAUCAUUCUCUAAUCUCACACUGAUGCAAGUGGUGUACUAUUAUUAUCCAGUGGAUGAAAGCUCGCUAUUUAAAGAAAACAACACCUACUGCUAAUUAUUUAUUGUUUAAAAAAUGAGACACUUUGUUGUGUUGAUAUGGCUUCGACAUGGUUUUUACUCGUUUCUGAAUGGAUAUUGCUUCCGUCAUCUAUAACUGAGAUUUAUUAUGUUUCCAAAUGGUGCACUUUGUGGGAAUGCCUGUUAUGUGCAGUAACAUGUUGCAGAAUUCUAUGCAUGGAGUCUGUUAAAGCAUCAGAACACGUAACUGGUAUCCUGUUAUUAAGGGCUAUGUAGUAGUAUUUCAAACCACUCCAUCGUUUUUUGAUCAUCUUUAGAUCACACUGAGUCAGCGUUUUACCCGAGCUCAUUGUCAGCUUGAAUUGCAGACUCAGCGGUAAAAUAUCACAAACAGCGACAUAUUUAUUUUGGAGAUUUUAUUUUGGUUUGUUUUUGUAAAGGCAGGGUUUCCCAGCUGGCCACAUAACUGUGAUAAAAGACAGGGACAGUUCUAAAUGUUUUGCCAAAUGAUAUUUAAUAUUUAAUGCUACAUCAGAUUGAUCAUCAAAACACACAGCUGUAAUCUGCUUGUUGAGCUACACCCAGAUGGCAUCAUAGUGUCUUUAAGGUUCAGGUUGACUGUGUAAAGAUAAUGUUGACCUUUACUUAACAAUUACAGUAUGAAGUAAUGAAAACAGGCAGCCUAUGAUUAGCUCUCACUGCUGAGACAAUCUUAACACUGAUGGUUUUUUUUGGAGGGUUUUAAAGGUUGCGGUGGACCUUAGAAUGACAUAUUAUUGUCUAUAAAGGCUCAUGCUGAUGUCAUGCUACAUAGUUGGCUGUGAAAUUGUUACUAGUUCACUUUAUUUUUAAAUUUUUUGCGUCAUGGAAGCACUGCAUUUCACAGCUCAUUCUCUGACUCAGAGAUUGUUGUUUGGGUUGUGGUUGCCAUUUGCAUGGAAAUGGUGGACUUUUCAUAAUGCAUCUCGGGAAAUAAAAGAUGAAUCUUUGUGGAA